GCGCCGGGGGGCGGUGGCGGCGCGGCCGCUUCAUGACGUCAAAACAACUCGCGACGGCGGCCGCGGUUGCUGCGGAGCCGCUCCUGCUGUCCCGCCGAUCCCGGAGUCCCGGAGUCCCGCCGACUGCCGGUGAGAGCCCGAACCGACUGCCGAUUUUCUGCACGUCCAGCAAAUUCCAGUUUUCAGAUCAUGGAGGGAGAACAGAUUAUGGAGGGACAGCCACAGGUUCCAGAAAAUCCACAUUCCGAAUACGGUCUCACUGAAAAUGUAGAGAGGAUAGUAGAAAAUGAGAAACUAAAUGCAGAGAAAACAUCAAAGCAGAAGGUUGAUCUUCAGUCAUUACCCACACGUGCCUACUUGGAUCAGACAGUUGUACCUAUCUUGCUACAGGGACUUGCUGUUCUUGCAAAAGAGAGACCGCCAAAUCCCAUUGAAUUUCUAGCAGCAUAUCUUUUAAAAAACAAGUCACAAUUUGAAGACCGAAAUUAGCUCCAUAAAAAUGAGGACAGUUUGGCUGCUAGACUGAAAUGCUCAUUCGCCGCUGUUGGUUUUCUGCUGUAAAAAUCCUUUGGCCACAUUGUUGUCUUUCUUAACUGCACAAUUUGCUUUACCUUUUGAGUUAUUUAAUAAAGAACACUUUACAUUUAAUUUGUUCUCUUGUUUUAAACUAGGUAUUAAGAGACUUUCAAAAUAAAGUACUGAAACUGCA